AUGUGGCUAUGGCAGCAUCACGGCAGCGGCAGGUGCCUCAUAUUGAGAGCCCAAGAGGUCCAUAAGCAGAAGAUGCUGAGUCGGUGUGGGAUACACGAGUUCACUCUCCUUUCUCUUGUGAUUGGUAUCAGUGAGUCCCAGCCACUCCCAGCUUGUGGUCGAUUGAUCCCCUCUUCCCGAAUUGUGGGUGGAGCUGAGGCUGUGGUGGGUGAUUGGCCAUGGCAGGCCAGUGUGCAGAUUUUAGACUCUCCUCACUGUGGGGGGACUCUCAUCGCCUCACGCUGGGUACUCACGGCUGCACAUUGCUUUAGCAGUCUCACAAAACCCUCCCUGUUUGUCAUCUUAUUGGGAGCCUACAAUUUGUCAUACCCUGGACCUGAAGCAGUGUUCGUUUCUGUGAAGCAAAUCAUCAUCCAUGAGAACUACUUGGGGUACAGGAAUGGCAGUGACAUUGCACUGAUAGAACUGGAGACCCCCAUCAAGUUCACCCACCGCAUCAUGCCUGCCUGCAUCCCUGGACUUUCUAUCGCCUUCCCUCCCCGGAUGGGGUGCUGGGUUGCAGGCUGGGGAAACAUCCAGCAAGGAGUUCUACUCCCUGAACCAGAGCUCUUACAGGAAGUGCUGCUUCCACUUGUGGACACUGCUACCUGUGAAGCUCUUUACAGUGACUUGAAAGGCGAAGCCCCUAUGAAGACUAGGAUAAUACAAGAUGACAUGAUGUGUGCAGGAUACUUGGAAGGGAAGAAGGAUGCUUGCCAGGGGGACUCUGGAGGACCAUUGCUUUGCCCAUGGGAUGGGGCUUGGCUUGUGGCUGGUGUGGUGAGCUGGGGGGAUGUUUGUGGCGCCCCCAAGCGCCCUGGCGUCUACACCCGGGUCAGUGCCCACAGCAGUUGGAUCUUGGGACAUGCCCCAGAAGUGGCUGCCAAUUUCAUUUAUGACGUCCCCAGUGGGACUUGUUCCUGGUGCCUAAGUGUUAAUGUUGUUAUGCUGCUUUCAUUAACUAUCAGCAAUGUGCUCUGUGCUGUACAUUGGUAA